UAGAAAAGAAAAUGUAUUAUUUUGUGUUGGCUGUAUUAGUUUUACUUCUGUCAUCAUUAUGGAUGUUCCCAAUAGCUGUGUUUCAAUUUUUAUUGAGGUUGCUUGUAUUUUUUUCACCAUUUAAACAAAAAUCAAUCAGACUAGAAGAUGGUAAACACUGUGCUUAUGUUGAAAAAGGGUGUAAAAAGAGUAGUAAGGUAACAGUAUUGUUACUUCAUGGAUUUACAGCAUCAUAUGUUGCCUAUUUGGAAUUGGGAAAAAUGUUUCCAAAAUCAUAUCAUGUUAUAGCGGUAGAUUGGCUUAAUCAUGGUAAUUCUACUCAAAUAAAGCAACUAGUUACAGUUGAAGAUGUUGUAAACUUUAUUCAUAUGUUUGUCAAAGAAGCUGGUCUUUUCAGUAGAAAACUUCAUAUUGUUGGUCAUUCAACAGGUGGAUUUGUUGCUGUGCAUUAUGCAAUAAAACAUCCUCAAGAAUGCGCCUCUAUCUCAUUGUUAUCUCCAUUGGGUGUUUUAACAAAUGUAGUUCUAGAGUUAAACAGUUUUUGUUCACCCAAGAAUAAUAAAGAGUUUGAGGAAUUAUUGUCUAUUGUCUAUAAUGGCAAACCAAAAAUGUUACCACCAAUUUUAAUGAAUGCUGCAAGACUUCAUCGAUGUUCAAUGGCAGAAUCUCAUGUCCAAGUGUACAAUGGUUUUAUCAAAGAUGCAAAGUUUUCAACAGAUGACAUGAAGAAGAUAUCAGACAUACCAUCAAUUUUAAUUUGGGGAGAUAAUGAUAGGUUGCUUCCUUCAGAUGUCGGUAUAAAAUUUUUCAAAGAACACUCUCAACAAACCGAAAUUCAUAUUUUGAAGGGCAGUGGACACAUGAUUAUUGAAACGGAUGUUAAGAAAGUGCAUGAUUUAUUGAAUUGUUGGUUUGAAAAGAAUUCUGUGUAACUUUUUGUGUAAAUUUUGGAUAAUUGCUUUAGCUUUUUUGUAUAAGUAAAUUUCUUUUUUUUUUUUUUUUCCCCUUCGUAGGAAUUUUUUCAUUAAAUUGUAAAAAUUGUAGGUGUCAACUGUUUUUUUUUUUUAGUAUGUUCAUAGUUAAUAAACUAAAACUUAUUAUAUGAAUUGCGAAAUCUAUUUUGUAAACUUAAAUACUCUCUUUUAAAUCUGAAAGUUUGUCAAAACCAGAAGAAGUUGAAUUCUGUUAACUUUUGAAUUUGAAAAAGGAUUUGAAGAAUGAAAAUAAAAAAGAAAGUUAAAGUGAAACUUUUUUUAUCUUUUGCUUGUUUAUUGCUCAACUCAAAUACUCCGCUGACGUCAUUUGAGGUUCGAGUUUACGGAAUUUUACUUGAGCAUCGGUGUUUGUUUGAUUUACAAUAAUACUUCAUCAUGCGGGCCGUACCGACGAGGGUGUUUAAAUCCCCCCCCCCCCCCCCAAAAAUUCAAAAUAUUUUGUCCGUAAAUUGACAGAUUUUAGAAGUUGUCGGUGUAAAAUAAAAUUUUAUUUCUUAAAAAAAAAAAAUGGUUAUCGGUAAAAUUCGAUUUUGUACAGUUACACCCCCUUUUCUCACGUCUUUGUCGUUUAGUAAGGUCUUGCCAUAAUGGAGUAUUUCUUUUUAUCCGUUUUAUUGUUUGCUGUUAAAUUUAGGUAGUUAAACAAAUUUUUGAUAAAAUAUUUUGUCAGA